CACUUUUGACAUGGAACCACUUGGGGUGCCACUUGGUUGGGUGCCACUUGGGCCAGCUUGGGCCUGCCAAUGCCUGAGGGCCUGUUUGCCUCGAUACAAGUGGCACACUGGCCAUUCGCCUUGAACUGGCAGCACCUGCCAUCCCAGCCAAGGCAUUUUUUUUUUGAGAUUGGCGCUAAUAACCAUGAGCUCGAGAGGGACGAGCUGGGACAGUUGUUGGAUGGCGAGGAUGACUCCGAGGGGGGGUUUCUGUUGAGUUUUGAGCCGCUGCUCGACAAGUACAGUUACCUCCUUUCAUUUUCGAGCGGUGGUGGUGCCGAGAACAAUGCUGCCGUGAAUUUGGGCUUGCAGCAUCGCCGUGGCCUGGCAUUGCCAUAUGCUGUUGGACACUGUGGAGAGUCGAAGUCUGACAGGUCAUCGAAAGGGAUUGGCGCGGCAGUUUUUCAUGUCACAGCCCUUGAUGGUUGCAGUAGCCUGCGGCCCCCAACUGCAGACUUUAAGCUGCAGAAUCAGGAGAUUGCCAGCACUGGUGCAGGCAUGUCUUGGCCCAGUUGGGUUGUUGAUCGCUGCGCGCAUUUACAAGAAGAGCGUUCAGUUCCGUGCGUGUCACUUGCCACGGUGGUCGGGAACUGGCUUGGGGCACGUCCGAUUGCCAGAAUGAAGGUUGAUGCGCAAGGCAGCGAUUUGGACGUGAUCAAGUCUGCUGGUGAAUUCUUGCAUCGUUUGCUUUUCAUUAAUCUCGAGGUACAUAGUAGGCUGGCUGCGCCGCUGUAUCAUGGCCAAGCAUCAUGUGAUGAAGUGUUGCUGACUAUGCGGAACUUGGGCUUUGUACUUGCAGAUGCCCGAAAGAUUGGAUCUGCUUGCAACUUUACCAUGCCAGAGGGCAAUUUGGAUUUUGUACGUCGCGAGGUGUGGCCAUUGUGGCGUUCCUUCUACAAAGACUAUGCGUACUGUGACGUCUUCUCAGCUGCUGGAGCCUGUGGUGGUCCCCACUGCAUCGCGCCCCGGAUCAGAGCUCAGGUGAAUCGGACAGGUGGUUGUGAGGGUGAGAUCCAGGACCGGUUGACGUUCGAAUCUUCAGCGUUGGGUAUGGUUCAGGUUUGGGUGUCUCCCGGUUGCGAAGAGAACCUCCAGAUUCGCUUGGUCGACCAGCAUAUCAGCUUUUGGAUACAUCAGGGCCCAGUGAAGGGCAAAGUUUGCUCUGUUCAGUCAGGGUUCAUAGCAUCAACGAAUGGCCCCAUGGUGCGUCUACAAGUGGAUGAUCGGAGAGCCAUGGGCGCUCAUAAAAGCAAAUUGGUGAUUCUGAAAGGUCUCCUGGACCAAGAAGCUGAGAAAGCGGGUGAAUCCCUCACGAUGUACUUGGAUGCAAGUGCAAGAUUUGACCCAGACAUUUAUUGGCCCCAGCCUUGUGAGCUCCUCAUGAAGUCUGCCCAUUGGAUUCACAUCUUCCGCGUCUCCACUCAAUUUGUGGCCACCAACAAGUCCAGUGAGUUCUGUGUUCUGGACAAAUUUUAAGAAGUGUGAGCCAACGAAGAAUGUAGGAUAAUUUAGGCAUAUUAGGCCUUUCACGGUCCUUGGAGCACUCUUUGCCAAUGAGUCAAUGAGGAAAACAA